AUGUUGUCAGAUGCAAUCACAAUUUUGGUUAUUUCGCUGCUAACUGCGUUGGCGUCGGAAGGCUUAACUUGGCUCUUGGUAUAUCGAACUGACCAGUAUAAAAAGUUAAAGGCGUCUGUGGAAAGACAAUGCAAACGAUUAGAAAAGAAGAAGGAAUCAAUGACCACUGAUAUCAAUAAGCAAAUCGGCCAAAAGAAAAAGAUAGAAAAAUUCGAGGAAAAGCUAAAGGGAGAUAACCGAGAUUUGUCAUUUGUGAAAAUGAAGAGCAUGUUUUUUAUUGGUUUUACCUUUACUGCGCUUCUUGGAAUGUUUAAUACUGUCUUUGAUGGUCGUGUCGUUGCCAAGUUACCUUUCGUACCGCACUCUUUCUUUCAAGGAAUUUCUCAUAGAAAUCUUAUGGGUCAAGAUAUGACUGAUUGCUCGUUUAUCUUUCUCUAUAUACUAUGUACGAUGUCAAUUAGACAGAAUUUGCAAAAGCUGCUUGGUUUUGCACCUUCAAGAGCAGCUAGUAGGGUUGGAGGUGGACUGUUCCCUACUGAACAACAAUCUAAAUGA